UCUCUCCCCUCCCUCCCACCGGCCACCACACCCUCCAUCUCCCUGGUCUCUUUCUCUCUCUUUCUUAUAAGUUGUAAAAAUCUCUUCUUUAGCCAAACUCAGAUACCCAACUCAUCUCUCUCAAAACCUUUGAAACCCAGCUAGAUUUACCCAUUUUUUUGAAGAAACCCAGAAAAUCGACAUCUAAUUGGGCCAAGAUUUAUUUGAGAUUACAGAAAUACGUAUAAACAUGCAUUGAUGAGCAGGGAAAUGUGAUAGUGGGGGUGGUGAAUGAAUGGGUUGUGUAAUCUCUCAUCUCAGUGCGAAAUUCGCAUUCUUUCCUCCUUCUCCCUCCACCUACCAGAUCAAGAAACGAGAGGACGGUAAGCUAACGGCUAUAUACACAUCCUCUUCCAUGCCCCUGACGUCGGCUGCCGGAGGCGUUGAUGACGGUUGCGGUGGCGGUGGUGGCUGUUCACUUGAUGUGUGGUCGUUACGCACCAAAAGAGGCAACAAGAUUGUAGCUUUUUAUCUUAAAAACCCUUGUGCAAGACUCACUCUGCUGUAUUCCCAUGGCAACGCUGCUGAUUUGGGUCAACUCUUUGACCUCUUUGUUCAACUCAAAGCCAAUCUCAGAGUCAAUCUAAUGGGGUAUGAUUAUUCGGGCUACGGAGCUUCUACCGGCAAGCCGAGUGAGCUUAAUACAUAUGCAGACAUAGAGGCAGUAUAUGAGUGUCUUGAGACUGAGUAUGGGAUCAGCCAGGAAGACUUGAUUCUCUACGGGCAGUCGGUUGGAAGUGGGCCCACGCUGCACUUGGCUACUAGAUUGCCGAGGUUAAGAGGUGUAGUUCUACACAGUGCAAUUUUAUCUGGCCUUCGUGUCGUCUGUCAUGUGAACUGCAGAUUUUGCUUCGAUAUUUACAAGAAUGUUAACAAAAUUCGGAAGGUGAAAUGCCCAACGCUCGUGAUACAUGGUACCGAGGAUGAUGUCGUGAAUUGGCUACACGGCAACGGACUAUGGAAGAUGGCCCAGGACCCGUACGAACCCUUAUGGAUCAAAGGAGGUGGCCACUGCAACUUAGAACUCUAUCCUGACUACAUUCGACAUUUAUACAAAUUCAUCUGCGAAAUGGAAACCAUGACCACCAAAACCCGACUUGCAAAGAUCAAACCGAAGCUCCGGUUACCAGACAGGCCGUCAACCGCAGGUUGUUCUUAUUGUUGUAUAAAACCAAGCUGCCCAGAAUGUCCAAAACCAUGGUGCCCAGAAUGUUUUGGAUGCCCGAAUUGUUUGCAACCUACUGGCUGCUGCUGCUGUCUGAACUGGAACUAUUGCUGUUGCUGGAGGCCUAAACCGAAAUGCCCAGAUGUGAAAUUACUUAAAUGCCCUUCGUGUUUGCAAUGUGGAUGCUUUACGUGUAUACGGAAGUGUGUGCAGUGUUCGUGCUGGUGAUAUAUAGGUUUGUUUUGGGCGUCGGGUGGGGUAUACAUGUUAGAGAGGUUAUCAUUAAGCGUAAGUUAACCGUUUGUAUAGAUUUUCUGCGACUCGUGCCUGCAAAUGGCGAAACAAUAGGAGAUUUAGAUUUAGAAGUUGGAUGAUAACUUGUUUUUUUUAAUCCUUUCAAGAACAUCUUUCGACAUGAUUCGCCUACUAAACAUGUUUCUAAUUCUAU